CAAGAUAAGAGUUGUGUGAAAAUGGGUUCAAACGAGGAGCACUAUGUUUACGCAAUGCAACUAGUUAGCUCCUCAACAUUGACCAUGGUGUUGAUGAAUGUGAUAAAACUCAAGGUCCUAGAGGCUAUAGCCGAGGCAGGACCGGAUGCCAGACUCACGGCUCAUGAGAUUGUGUCUCGUUUAAAGAUCUCUAACCAAGACGCCCCAGACAUGGUUGACCGAAUGCUUCGUUUGCUUGCGAGUUAUUCAAUAGUCACUUGCACCAAAGGGGUCCAUGAAUCAAGGCCGGUUCGAGUGUAUGGACUCACACCCGUUGCCAGAUACUUCAUCCCGGAUGAGGACGGAGCGUCCUUAGGUACAUUGUUGGAGCUUGGUCAAGACAAGGCUGUAGCUGACGAUUGGAUUAAGCUUAAAGAUUCAGUAAUUGAAGGAGGUGUUCCAUUUGAAAGAAAUAAUGGAGCAACCACAUUUGAAUUUGGGGCCUUAGAUGCAAGGUUCGACAAUGUAUUCAACAAUGCCAUGUUGAAUCAUACUACUAUUGUGAUGAAGAGAAUUCUUGAGUGCUACGACGGUUUCGAUGGUCUUAAACGUGUGGUCGACGUCGGAGGUGGUCUAGGCGCCACUAUCAACAUGAUUGUAUCGAAACAUCCCACCAUUAAGGGGAUUAAUUUUGAUUUGCCACAUGUGACUCGACAUGCACCUUUGUAUCCGGGUGUAGAACAUGUUGGAGGGGAUAUGUUUCAAAAAGUACCGCAAGGGGAUGCCGUUUUCAUGAAAUGGAUUUUACAUGAUUGGAGCGAUGACGAUUGUGUAAAGUUGCUAAAGAAUUGCUAUAAGGCUUUACCGGUUGAUGGAAAGGUUAUUAUAGUAGAGGCGAUUCUUCCUUUUGUGCCGGACACAAGCUCCUCGGUUAAAGUUAGCACCCAAUUGGAUGUGGUCAUGAUGACACACUAUCAUGGAGGAAAGGAACGCACGGAAGAUGAGUUUCUAGCAUUAGCUACCGGUGCUGGAUUCACGGGGAUUAGAAAGAAAUGUUUCGCUUGCAAUUUUUGGGUCAUGGAAUUUUAUAAAUAGAAAUAUAUAUUGUAU